AUGGGUUCUGAUCCUUCGUCUCAAAUUCCAGUCAUCAACUUCUCGCUGGUAUCGCCGGAGUUGGACAGAGGAACAAAAGAGUGGCACCUCCUGUGCGAGAAGGUCCGAGAGGCUUGUGAAAGCUAUGGUUAUUUCGAGACAAAGAAGAAGAAUGUGAAUCCAAACCCUUUCUAUGCCUAUGCUGGGCAGUAUGCCACGGCAUCCUUGUAUGAGAGCCUUGGAAUUGAGGAUGCCUCCGACCCCGACUCGGUUCGGAGAUUUGAAGAACUAAUGUGGCCUCAAGGCAAUGAUUUUUUUAGCAAAACAAUCAGCUCCAUAACUCAGCAGAUGGAUGAGUUAAAUCGUACGACCAGGACGUUGAUUCUCGAUGCUUAUGGCCUGGGAGAGACCUUGAACUCCAUCAUGCCUUGUACAACCUUACUGCGCCUUACGAAAUACAAAGCCUCACCAAAUGGGGAGUACAUGGAGGGGAUCACUGCUCAUACGGAUAAACUUCUGUCAGCACUUCUGUGUGCAAACCAAGUUUUUGGGCUCGAAGUUGAAGCCAAGGAUGGGCAGUGGAUUAAACUUUUUCCAUCUCCCAAUUCCUUCAUCUAUAUGGUUGGUGAUCCUCUCAUGGCAUGGAGUAAUGGGAGAAUGCAUGCAGCUAAUCACAGGGUGAUGAUGGAAGGAUAUGAAGAUAGGUAUUCACUAGGGGCAUUUCCAGCUCCAAUGGAGGGAACAACCAUCAAGCCAAUAAAAGAGCUAGUGGAUGAAGAGCACCCCCAAAUUCUUGAAGAGUUUGAUUACAUGGAAUUCAUCAGAUUUUCUUUAUCAAAAGAGAGUUUGACCAUGGAUUCAGCAGGGCAGGCGUUUGCAUUUGCUGGAAACUAUUGA